ACCAAUCAGAUCUUAGAACUCCACGUUGUAUACUAAUGGAAUAUUCUAGACGAAUUUGAAACCCUAACUAUAUAAGCUAACUCACACACAUUGUGUUCUUCCUCUUUCACAUUGAAUCACAGUGUUGGUGCUGUGAUUUUGCAUCAUUUCCUCUUAAAUCUUUUUCGUUACGUGUGAAAUCCAAUGGCCGGAAAAGGAGAGGGACCAGCUAUCGGAAUCGAUCUCGGAACCACUUACUCUUGCGUUGGUGUUUGGCAACAUGAUCGCGUUGAAAUUAUUGCCAACGAUCAAGGUAACAGAACCACCCCGUCUUAUGUCGGUUUUACUGACUCCGAGCGUCUCAUUGGUGAUGCCGCAAAGAAUCAAGUCGCCAUGAACCCUAUCAACACCGUUUUCGAUGCUAAGCGGUUGAUUGGUCGUAGAUUCAGCGAUGCUUCUGUUCAGAGUGAUAUGAAAUUGUGGCCAUUUAAGAUCAUUUCUGGCCCUGCUGAGAAGCCCAUGAUAGGUGUGAACUACAAGGGUGAAGAUAAGCAAUUUGCUGCAGAAGAGAUCUCUUCCAUGGUACUUAUGAAGAUGCGUGAGAUUGCUGAGGCCUACCUUGGCACUGCUAUUAAGAAUGCUGUUGUUACUGUCCCUGCUUACUUCAAUGAUUCUCAGCGUCAAGCUACCAAGGAUGCUGGUGUCAUUGCCGGUCUUAACGUGAUGCGAAUCAUUAAUGAGCCCACUGCUGCUGCCAUUGCUUAUGGUCUUGAUAAGAAGGCCACCAGUGUUGGUGAGAAGAAUGUCUUGAUUUUUGACCUUGGUGGUGGUACUUUUGAUGUCUCUUUGCUUACUAUUGAAGAGGGUAUCUUUGAGGUGAAAGCCACUGCCGGAGACACCCAUCUUGGAGGUGAGGAUUUUGAUAAUAGGAUGGUUAACCACUUUGUUCAAGAGUUUAAGAGAAAGAACAAGAAAGACAUUAGUGGCAACCCCAGAGCACUCAGGAGGUUGAGGACUGCUUGUGAGAGGGCGAAGAGAACUCUUUCAUCAACUGCCCAGACCACCAUUGAAAUUGACUCUCUUUAUGAGGGAAUUGAUUUCUAUUCCCCUAUUACACGUGCCAGGUUUGAGGAGCUCAACAUGGAUCUCUUUAGGAAAUGUAUGGAGCCAGUAGAGAAAUGUUUGAGAGAUGCUAAAAUGGACAAAAAAAGUGUCCAUGAUGUUGUCCUUGUAGGUGGUUCAACCAGAAUUCCAAAGGUUCAACAACUUCUCCAGGAUUUCUUUAAUGGAAAAGAGCUAUGCAAGAGCAUUAAUCCUGAUGAGGCUGUUGCUUAUGGUGCUGCUGUUCAGGCUGCAAUCUUGAGCGGUGAGGGCAAUGAGAAGGUUCAGGAUCUUCUCCUUCUCGAUGUCACUCCUCUGUCUCUUGGAUUGGAGACUGCUGGUGGUGUGAUGACUGUCCUUAUCCAGAGGAAUACCACAAUUCCAACAAAGAAAGAACAAGUUUUCUCAACCUAUUCUGACAACCAGCCCGGUGUCUUGAUCCAGGUCUUUGAAGGAGAGAGGACAAGGACUAGAGAUAACAAUUUGUUGGGCAAGUUUGAACUUACUGGCAUUCCUCCAGCUCCCAGAGGUGUUCCCCAGAUCACCGUCUGCUUUGACAUUGAUGCCAAUGGUAUUUUGAAUGUCUCUGCUGAAGACAAAACUACUGGGCAGAAGAAUAAGAUCACCAUCACCAAUGACAAGGGUAGAUUGUCAAAGGAAGAUAUUGAAAAGAUGGUUCAAGAGGCCGAGAAGUACAAAUCUGAAGAUGAAGAGCAUAAGAAGAAGGUUGAGGCCAAAAAUGCAUUGGAAAACUAUGCAUACAACAUGAGGAAUACCAUUAAGGAUGACAAGAUUGCAGGUAAACUUGAUUCAGCUGACAAGAAGAAAAUCGAGGACUCCAUUGAGCAGGCUAUCCAAUGGCUAGACAGCAACCAACUUGCAGAGGCAGAUGAGUUUGAGGACAAGAUGAAGGAACUUGAAAGUGUCUGCAACCCUAUCAUUGCCAAGAUGUACCAAGGGGGUGCAGGUCCUGACAUGGGUGGUGCAGCAGCUGAUGAAGAGUACGCUCCUUCCGGUGGAAGCGGUGCUGGCCCCAAGAUUGAGGAAGUGGACUAAGUGUAAUUGCUUCUUAUCUUUAAAAUUUUCAGGUUAUUUUUAUUUGAUGCAUUUGUUGGUUGAUUAAACAGUUUGGUUUUUGCUGGAUUGCGGAAUUUGUCUAUUUCUUCAUGAAUUAUUAUGUUCCUUGUUUUUCGUAUGUCAUGUGACGUAGGGUAAUUUAUAUAUUUUAUAUAUACAUUUUGCCCGAUGGUUAUUUUUGUUUGUUAUGAGAUAACAUGAAAUUAUUCAAUA